UACAACUCUGCUGUCAGUACUGAGCCUGCACCUCAAAUCCUGUCACCUGUUAAACCCGUUUCUGCUCCAUCCCCUGAGAAGCCACAGCCCCCAGCAGCAAAAUUGAACAUUGAUGAUCUUCACCGCAAAACUGCCUCUCUUCUGGAAGAAUAUUUCAAUAUUCGGCUUUUGGACGAGGCAUUACAGUGUGUGGAUGAACUAAAAGCUCCAGCUUAUUACCCAGAGUUUGUCAAGGAAGCCAUUUCCCUUGGACUAGAUAAAAGUCCGCCAUGUGUUGAACCUGUUGCGAAUCUUAUUGAGCAUCUGUUUAUCAAGAAGAUUCUCUCAGCUAGAGACAUUGGAACUGGAUGUUUGUUAUUUGCUUCUCUGCUGGAUGAUAUUGGCAUAGAUUUACCAAAAGCGCCAAGUAACUUUGGGGAGAUAAUAGGGAAACUAAUUUUGGCCGGUGGUUUGGACUUUAAGGUUGUGAUAGAGAUACUUAAGAAGGUGAGUGAUGACUACUUCCAGAAAACAAUAUUCAACUCUGCACCUUUGCAAUUUAUUUUUUUGGAUCACAGUUUGCAUUUCUAAUGUAAAGUUAUAUGCCAAUAAGUUUAUGGAGUUAUUCUACACGCA